AUGACACAUUCUUUCCUCAUUCCGCUUCUAUUCGUCCUCUACCUCACGCUCCCCUUGGGCCUCACCCUAGCCCAAACCUGCGUCAGCUCCCAGGUAAUCUUUAGCGACCUAACAAGCAUCAAUUCUGCCUAUACCUCUCAAAUAAGUCUCUCUGGCAACGCAAACGUCGAUCGCUCAGACACUUCUCUCACUACUACAGCCGCAGACAGCUUUGGCGGCUUCUUCUUCGCCUCUCCAACAGACUUCACAGGCCCUGGCGGCUUUUCAGUAAAGUUUGCUAUCCAGUCUACGGAUACGUCUGCCGGUCCAGGUGACGUUUGGGAAUUCAUUGUAGCAGGUUCUACUAACUUGGAUAUAGUCUCUCCACCGUACUCGGCAGGCUCUGGCAAUGAGGGCUUGUCGGGAUGGUCUAGGCGAAAUGCUUUCGUAGUCGAGUUCGAUUCUCUCAAUUCUGGCACCAGCGAGCAAGACGAAUCAACAAACCAUGUCGCCAUCUUCCUCGCAGGAGACGAGCAAUGCACGACCAAUGUUGCGUUUUCUUUUGCAAGUGGAGACAAGUAUACCGUCUGGGUGGACUAUAGCGGCUUUGCGUCCAAGGCAGAGGUAAGGGUCAGUGGUGCCAACGAUGACACUCGUCCGACAUCUGCGACUCUUUCGUGUGAUGUGGACAUUUGGAGCACGAUGGACAUUUCUACUGCCAAUCAUGUCGGCUUCAUGGCAUACAAUCCGUCCGCGGGUGGAGCUGAACAUAGCCUGGUCGACUCGUUGUCAGUCGCUGACUCUUACAACCCGUACGACUUAGACAGUUGCUCUGUGUACGGCAGUUGUUCCCAGAAGAGUGUCGACGCGCUCUGCCUCACCCCACAAACUUCCAGCACUUGCUUGCUCGCUGACUGCUCAGCUGGUUAUAUUUGGGACCUGUCCGGCACCGACUGCUGCGCCUUCGUAGAAAAGUCCACAUGGGCUUUGUCAGACUCUGCGGGGAGCGGGCCUUUCUCUGCUGGAGACACCGUGGCAUGUGAACAAGUCCAAAGAACGAUUGCUUUCCUCACAACGGCAGACCAGUGUGCAUCUAAUACCGGAUCAAUAACCGUCUAG